AUGGUCAAUCGGGGCGUCUCGCAAGGCUGCAAUACUUGCAAAAAGCGGCGAGUCAAAUGCGACGAGGCCAAACCCAUGUGCAACGAAUGCAUUCGCGUUGGACGGCAAUGUGCGGGCUACGGGAAACCGCAAGUCCGAGUGAGGUUCAGGGACCUCACUGCGCAGUACCUCAACAUACCACCAGAUCAGACGGUAACCGCCAGAACUCACGACUAUGAGAAUCAAGGGUUGAAAAGAAUGAGGAAAGGCUCGUAUGUUCAGCAGUCUACUCGUGACCAACUAUAUCUUCUCGCGAUACCCGAAAGUCUGCUUCCGAAACAGCUGGACAUCGCUGUCACGUUCUACCUUAGAUAUAUCACCGAUGUUGGUCGCAGUCUGCAGUCGACGCGCGGUUUUCUGGAGUUUGUUCGUCCAGUUCUGGCUUCGGAGUCUCACAAGUCAGCUCUCAGCGCUGCGGUUGAUGCCGCUGCAAUCAAGCUAUGGGCAUUGCUGAGACCUUCUGACAUUACCGCUUCUCUUCCCAUCGAGCUGCAUCGGGAAGCUUUGGCGAAGUUACAGCAAGCUAUCUCCACCUCGAAAGAGAGGCGAAAGGAUGCUGUAAUUCUUGCGACACUGGUACUACAACAUCUGGAUAGCCUGACAGCUGUGUUUGGUCGUCACGAGCCCCGAAGCACGCAUCGUAAAGGAGCAUUAGCGUUGCUCACACAGAACGGUCGCGACACAAAAAGUUCGAAGUAUCAUCCGCAUCUGCUAGGAAACCUCUUUCACUCAAGGGUCUCCUUUUGCGUCAGGAAUAACAUAUCAAUGACUGCUACUGAACUCGAGUGGCUCCAGACUGAAGUCAUUCCUGCCCUGCCUAAUAGCCCGAGCUUUCAGCUCGAUGUCAUCGGGUUAUCGGUUUCAAGGCUUCAAAAUACCUUUUACCAUCUUGCAUCGCAAGGAAACACGGUAUUGGCUGCAUCAGAAGUCCUGCCUGUCAUCAUACAAGAUGUCGACGCCCAGCUUCGGGCAUGGCUGGAUGAGGUACCGAAUAUCUGGUUCCCAAGAAGGAUUUCGGACGAGAUCUUCAUUUCUUCAUCCAUUCCCACCUACCAUGGCUCUUGUGAUAUCUAUCCAAGUGUCCAGGUUGCAAACAUAUGCAAUGUAUGGCGGAUGUAUCGUCUUAUCGUGGAGUCUAUCAGAACGGAAAUCACCCAUGCGCUUCGGGUCGUUUCUGAGGGAGGCUUCGCUGCGUCCACAAAAGAGCUGUUAAGUGAUGAAGGCGGAAGGCACAGAGAAACUCAAAACCUGGUUGAAUCCAUAUGUCGAAGUAUACCUUUCUAUCUUGGGAGCUCCAAUCGACCAUUGGUGUACUCCGAUAUCGACAUCCCUCUAUCGGUCUUUCCUAACUAUCAUGACCUAAGGCCUGACGAUUACGCACUCAUCGUUUAUAAGAACAGUGAUGACUACGCUUCUAAGGAGGAUCAUUGCUGGCACACUGCUCUUCACGGCCCUCUACACGCCUUGACUAUCUUGUCUAGUCUCACGGAUCUACUCUCUGAGCAGCUAUACUCCAACACUGCACACAGCUUGCUAAACAAGCAGAAGCACUGGAUUGGAGAGCAACUUCAUCGCUGUCUCUAUCUGACUCGUCUCGAUUCGCGCAUCGCUGGCUGUUUCAACGCUGUAUCUGCGGGCCCAACAUCAGCGCCUAUGGAGUUUGCUCAAGCAAUGCGCCAAGCACUGAAAACGGUUACCAUACUGUGA